AUGGCGGCGGGCGGGCUGGCGGGGCUGCUGCCCGCCCAGACACAGCUCGAGUACGCGCUGCUCGACGCCGACACCGCCCAGGAGAAGGAGAACCUGGUCUACCAGUACCUGAAGAAAAUGGACAGCCGCGAGCGGGACCUGACGGUGCCCGAGCUCGGCGGAGAUCUGCAAUGGUUAAACACUGAAGGUCCUAUUUCUCUUCACAAAGACCUUUGUGGAAAAGUUGUGGUGUUGGAUUUCUUCACUUACUGCUGCAUCAAUUGCUUGCACCUGCUGCCUGACCUCCAUGCCUUAGAGCACCAGUACUCUGAUAAAGAUGGUCUUGUUAUUGUUGGUGUCCAUUCAGCAAAAUUCCCAAAUGAAAAAGUUCUGGAUAACAUUAAAAGUGCUGUUCUGAGGUACAGUAUUGUCCACCCUGUAGUAAAUGAUGCAGAUGCAACACUGUGGCAUGAACUAGAAGUGUCCUGCUGGCCAACUCUGGUCAUUCUUGGGCCUCGUGGAAAUAUGCUGUUUUCUCUUGUUGGAGAGGGACACAGAGAGAAAUUGUUUUUAUUUACUUCUAUAACACUGAAAUUCUACAAGGAAAGGGGACAAAUCAAAGAUAACAACAUUGGAAUAAAGUUGUACAGAGACUCCCUUCCUCCUUCUCCUCUGCUGUUUCCUGGCAAAGUGACUGUAGAUGAUUCAGGAGAAAGGUUGAUCAUAGCAGACACUGGACAUCACAGGAUUUUGGUCACUCGUAAAAAUGGACAAAUUCUACACACUAUUGGAGGUCCAAACAGUGGAAGGAGAGAUGGAGGAUUUUCAGAGGCAGCUUUCAACUCACCACAAGGAAUCGCUAUAAAAAAUAAUGUUAUUUAUGUAGCUGAUACAGAAAAUCACCUAAUUAGAAAGAUUGAUCUGGAGUUGCAGGUGGUGACCACUGUAGCAGGCAUUGGGGUACAAGGUGUUGAUAAGGAAGGUGGAGCAAAAGGAGAAGAGCAGCCCAUCAGCUCUCCAUGGGAUGUGGUCCUUGGAAGUUCAAUUUCAGGGACGCAGGAAGAUGAUGUGUUAUGGAUAGCAAUGGCAGGCAUUCACCAGAUAUGGGCACUGAUGUUAGAAGGUGGAAAACUACCAAAGGGAAGUGACUUAAAGAAAGGAGUCUGCCUUCGCUUUGCUGGGAGUGGGAAUGAGGAGAACAGGAACAACGCUUACCCACACAAGGCAGGGUUUGCCCAGCCCUCGGGGCUCUCCCUGGCCCCAGAGGAGCCCUGGAGCUGCCUGUUCGUGGCCGACAGCGAGAGCAGCACCGUGCGAACCAUCUCGCUCAAGGACGGCGCGGUGAAGCACCUUGUAGGAGGAGAGAGAGACCCAUUGAAUUUGUUUGCUUUCGGUGAUGUGGAUGGAGCAGGCAUAAAUGCAAAGCUGCAGCAUCCUUUGGGAGUAACAUGGGACAAGAAAAGAAAGCUGCUCUAUGUGGCAGAUUCCUAUAAUCAUAAGAUUAAGGUUGUGGAUCCCAAGAUGAAGAACUGUGCAACCCUGGCAGGCACAGGAGAAGCAGGUGAUGUUGUUGGUUCCAGCUUUACCCAGUCAGCUUUCAAUGAACCAGGAGGUUUGUGUGUUGAAGAAAGCGGCCGCCUGAUGUAUGUUGCAGACACAAACAAUCAUCAGAUUAAAGUGCUGGAUUUGGAAACAAAAAUUCUUUCCAUGUUGCCUAUCCUGAAGCCUGAAGCAUGUGAUGUUCCUGAUAACCUGCCUGUGCAGAAGGAUAAAAUAACAAACCUUCCAAGACUGCCUAAAUCUGCACCAAAUGUUCAACUUCCUUCACUAACUGUAGCUCCUGGCCAGACAAUUCAGUUUUUAUUAAAGUUGACUCUUCCUCCAGAUUCAAAACUGAAUGAAGAAGCUCCCAGUGCCUGGUUUAUCACAGCAGAAGAUAACACCUGGUUGCUGCAAGGACAGUGUCUGACAGGAGAAAUAAAGGAUGUUUCCUGUCAAACUGUCAUUCCCUUUCAGUUGCCUGGGAGCUGUGUGUCAGCUGAAGCCACCCUGGCCAUCAAAGCAUGCCUCUACUACUGCAGCAAAGGUAGCAGUGCCUGUAUGAUGGCAGGAGUCUUGUUCAACCAGCCCUUGCAGGUCACUGGCACAGACCAAGGCAGCUCAGCUCAAGUGGAACUGAUGCACACCUUUAUAACCAACUAACACAGAGCCAGCUGAUUUUACACUUUAUUUUGCUGUCCACAGUUUCUGUGGGAGAAAG